AAGAUUUUGUCUGUGCUCUGACAAUUUGAUUCCAUCCCCAUAUCUGGGAAUAAACUAGAUUUUCAGGAAUUACAAAUACAAAAUAAUAAUAAUAAAGAUAUGAAAAAACGAAGUUAUUAAAAGGAUAUAUAACAAUUUCACGAUUCUAAACGCCGAUUAUGUUUUGUCAUUUUUAAAAACUUUAAGAUUCAUAUUUUUCUGCUAUUUUUGUUGUUUCUAAAUAAACAGAAUGGAUAAUACCGCUUCUGCGAUUCAAACCCUUGAAGCAGCGGCGCAAAUGUUAAUGGCGCCGCCAAAUUUAGUAACUUCUGAGCAACGGCAUCAAGCAGAAAGUGUGUUUCUAGAAUUUCGAAGUACCAAAAACCCAUAUCAACUGUGCAGAGAGAUUCUUGAAAAGUCUAGUUCAGAUUAUGUGUUAUUUGAAGCAGCUGGUCUUAUAAAAACAGCACUUAUAAGAGAGUGGAAUUUACUCUCUGAUAGUGAUAUAUCUUCCUUGAGGGAAUAUUUAUUAAGCUAUUUGCUAAGAAAUGAAAGUCCUCCAUUCUUAAAAGAGAAGUUGUUACAGACAAUUGCAGUUAUAAUCAAAAGAGGUAGUAUAAGUGAUGGCGGAAGAGAAAGGAAAGCAUUAUUGGAAGAGUUGGAAAAAAUUAUUUUAAGCUCACCUAUUAGUCAGCAAAAAUUGGCAUGCUCUUUGAUAUUAGCCAUCAUGCAGGAAUAUGCUAUCACUGUAAAAUCAGCUGAUGUUGGAUUAAUAUGGGAAGUCCAUUUUAGAUUAAAGAAAUCAUUUGAAGCUCUAGAUUUAAAGAGGAUAUUUAGGUUUACUGUUGGUGUUUUAGAACAAAUAGUACGUUCUGGACACCGUCCGGAGGGUGAUCAGGCAUUGCUCACAAAACAAUUACUGACCAUUGUUGAAACUGUAUUGUGCUGGAGUCAUGUCUCACCUUUGUUAUCAAAAAGACUUAUCGGUGCUUUUGAGGCAAUAUAUGAAAGUGAUACUGCACCAGCUCUCCGUUUAAGCUUAAAUUGGAAAGACACAAUAAUGCAACCGGAACUGUUGGCAUUAUUCUUUGAAAUUCACAUGUAUGUACGAACUAAUCCUGAACUAGCAAAUCCUUCACUGACUUGUUUAGUUCAAUUAGCAAGUUUGAGUGGGGUUGUUGUUUCUGCUAGCAAUCUAAAACAACAGUAUUUAGAGAAUUAUGUCAAUAGUUUUAUGAGAAUGCUAGCUUUCAUUCAACCUUUUGACAGAGAAAUGCUUGGUAUAUCUGAUAUUUAUCGGCGAUUAGUGCAAUUUUUUACACCUUCAAUGAUUGCUUCAACACCGCCAGCUUUUCUACAGAAUCUAACAAAUUAUACUUGCCAUUGUAUAAGGGGAGCAGUGAUGGAGGAAAGUGUGAAUGAUGAUACAGUAUGGAGAGAGUCACUCAACAAGUUUUUGCAUACAUGGAGUUCAAUAGCUCAUGAUUUAGAUGGUUUCACUGAUGAAACACUCAUGAAUCCAUGUAUUGAAAUAUUUAACACAUAUUUACAAUGUCGAUUAGCACCACCAGACGGGACAAGAGGUGCAGAAAAUGACAACACUGUGGAAGAUAUUAAAGAUGAUAUUGAGGAGGAUGAAAGACAAUUACACAGUAAUGUUCUUCUUACUAUUGGGGCUAUUGCUCGCAAGGCACCUGCCCAUUGCUGUCACAUAUUAUUUACUUUGCUCCAAGACAGGAGUAAGAGGCUAGAGAGUCAACUUCAGAUGAUGCAUAUGGGGAAACUGCCAAUAGUCAGUGGAGGGGAACAGCUAGUUACACUCUUUGAAGAUCUUCACUGGAUUCUAAUGAUAACAGGCCAUUUCCUAGCAGUUGAUUGUACUGAGGGUGAAACAGUAAUGAUACCCUCAGAAAUAGUUCAAUACAGCAUCUCUCAAAAUGCCAAUAUUGAAGCAUCUCUGAGAUUCCUAGUUGGAGAAAGCACGAGUACUGAAAACGUGGAUCCUAUAUUGAAAUUGAUCGGAGAGAUCCUCCGCAUCAGUUCGUGGGAAUGUAUGGCGUUAGAGGCGGGUCUGGCCGUAGUGUUUAGCCCAGAGCUAUCAGCCACUUUGUCAUGGCUACUCAAAAUAUGGGCCAAUUCGUACCUCGUACCACAGCCUUCGCAUUACUCAGAGAUUCUAGAGGUAGCAUUCGGUCGUGGGUCGCGUGGCGUGUCGUGGGCGGUGUCGCUAGUGUCGCGACGGGCGGCCGCGACACUGAGACAUCUGGCGGCCCAGCCUACGGCGGCCAAACACGCACUGUUACUACUAGCGACCCUCGCACAUUCACAUCAUAAGGAGAGCCCCCUGGCUAGUUGUGAGGAGUUUCUGUCUCUGGUGGCGUGGGAAGCAGCUGGGAGUAAUCUUCCCGGGGAACUAAGGCGAGAGCUGCACAGGGCGUUUGCUAUAGCUGCUACUUAUGCUGAAGGGGAAGUCCGUAAUCGUCUUUUGGGCAGCACCGUGGCCCUUCAGGAUAAAUUACUGAAUAUUCUGAACACUGAGAGUGACACGGAACCAGUUAGAAAUAUGCUGGCGGAUACUCUCGAUUGCUUUAUAGGCGUCACUGAAGGCGUACUUGAGGUCGGCACAAUGGACGAGCAGUUUAUAAUGCUGAUGGGUGCCCUUGACAAGGUCCCCGGUAUAGUUUUCCGAUACCACAACUACCCGGGCGUGGUUCUGCCCGCACUCACACUAUUGGCGAGAUCAGCCAAGAGAAUGCUGCACUCGGUACAACCUCAGAACGUCAACAAAUUUCUUGAAGUCUGUAACGCCACGUUUGAAGUAUACACGAGGUGGAAUUCUGGUAAAAUAUCAAGCAUCCCGCAGGAUGCAGAGGAAGAAGCGUAUGAGGAUAUUUGCGCUCUGAUGGAAGUCAUUAGUAGUAUAUCUCGUUGUGGCGGCGGCGGGUCCUGGGGUGGCUCGUGUGCGAGAGGCCUGCGUCUUAUACUGCCGAUGUUGGCACCACCACUACUGGCAAUGCCCACACUGGCACAUAAGGCGUAUCGGAUGCUAAGAGAUCUUGACCACGCUGAUCAGUUGACUAAUCUUACAAUCGAGGACUUCAACAUGGUGAUAGCGGCUCUACGGGUGGGUCUCACUGCCGUCUCAUGCGAUGUUUCAACACUAUGCUGCGAUACAAUCGUAGGACUGUCCAACAGAGUACGAACCCUCGGCGACGACAACCCGUACGCCAUCUCAUUAUUAUCGCUAGCGGAAUUACUAUUAAUGCUGAUUAUAAAGAUGGAAAUACCACCCGACUCCAUACCGGCGGCUGGCGCGGCUAUAUAUGCGUUGACUUGUGUGAAACCGGCUUUACUAGAAGGACUCGCCAGACAGCUGAUCGAGGCGUUUGCGGUCAACGACCCCGCCAACGUUCCUAGAUUAGAAGAAUCCUUCGGUGUACUCACUAACGGAGUGCUCUUUGACGGCUUGAGAACACACAAGCUGCGAUUUCAAGACAACUUCGAUAAAUUCUUAGCUAGUGUACACGGUUUUCUUAUUGUUAAGUAAUUAUUUUUUUCUUCUAUAUAUAAGGAUCUAUUUAAUGUAUUUCGACUAGUCACUUGACCGCGGAGGUUCCUCGGCGGUAGACUUGUUAACGUUGUAAAUUAAAUGUAUGAUUGACUUGAAUGCUGUCUUAUGAUAAGCGAGCGAUAUGUCCUUCCAUGGGGCUGUGGUAUAGAAUUAAAUAUAUAUUAAUAAAUGUUUAUGUAUUUGACGAACAAUGUCCACACUUUAAGCUAAAUUUAACAAUUCGUUUCUUGUAUCGUGAUGUGGCCUAUAUUGAUCAGGGUGCGUGUGACUUGAAAUGAAUAUCCUUAUGAUAUUAUUCUAUCCUCUUAAAAUUAUAAGCGUCUAUUGAGAAUUUGGGAUAUUCACAACGAAAUUUUGAAAGAAUAUAUCUAUAUAAGUCUUUAAGGUAGUGAAGGCGAAUGUACUUUUUUUUAUUAUUAAAGUACUUUUUUCAUAAAUAAAAUACACUAUGUAGUUAGAAAAUUGUAAUUAAAUCGUUUCAUGCAACAUGAAAUGUUUCCGACAUGUGCAACAAAACGAGUAAGUUUCUUGAAAUAUCCGUAAAUUAUAAAUGACUUUUUACUAUUAGAUAAAAUAGUUUCAUCAAAUAAUUCUCUUAUGCCAUUGCAUUCUGUUUAAUUGAUUUGUAACACUCAAAUAUGUAUAGCGAUUGGAAAACACGGUAGCUUCCUGAUCGGAUCACGUCAGUGUUUUCAUUAUGACAUGCAUUUUCUUCUGAAACAAUUCAAUACUCCGUUAAAGUAUGUAAAAUAAAGUUCUAGUAAAUAAGUAAGCAAAAAUUUUCAGCGUCUAAAUCACGAAAAGUACCUAUCUAUGCAUAAAUUUUUUAUUUGGUAAUAUUAAUAUUUUUCAAAAUUUAUUUGACUUUGAUAUGACUACACCCUAAUAUAGGAAUAAGUAAUGUUUUUAUAUUUUUGAUUUUUUUACCACGACACGAGUAAGCUAUAAUAAGUAUUAUAGUUCAUUUAAUCUUAUUUGUGAUGAUUAAAAUGCCUUUAGAUUUUUUCAUACUUUCAUUAAACUAUGAAAAUUUUGGUUAGGAUAUUUUAAUUUAUAUGUAAAUAAAUAUUUAUAAAAAAUACUUUUAUAGCUGUCAGAAUGUCGCAUCAGCUAAUUUAUAAUGUAGAAAUUCGAUAACUCCUUUAAAAGUAUGUUUCCAUUUAAAAUAUUUUGUAAAUAUUAUAAAAUAAAAUGUUUUUUUCCGCAGAGACAUUGAAAUUUCAGAAUCUUAUUAAAAUGUACAAAUUUUUUAUUCUA